UAGUUUGAAACUUCCAGAGAAGAGUCACCAGCUGUUUGAGAAACCAAAGGUCGAAAUGGAAUAAUCAGAAUAGAAAAUGCAAAGCGUCUGGAACACUGCCAGAAAACAUCUGAAGUUUCAUGAAACUGGGAGUGUCAGAAACUUCUGUCAAAAUGGCAAUGGUAUCAGAAUUUCUCAAGCAGGCCUGGUUCAUGGACAAUGAAGAGCAAGAGUACAUUAAAACCACAAAAGGCUCGAAAGGUGGACACGGGUCAGCAGUGAAUACCUACCCCAACUUCAAUCCAUCUGCUGAUGCUGCUGCCCUGGAUAAAGCUAUAACUGCUAAAGGUGUGGAUGAAGCAACCAUUAUUGAAAUCUUGACUAAGAGAACCAAUGCCCAGCGCCAGCAGAUCAAGGCAGCAUACCAGCAGGCCAAAGGAAAGCCUCUGGAUGAAGCUCUGAAGAAAGUCCUCAAAGGUCAAUUUGAAGACGUUGUCCUGGCUAUGCUGAAAACUCCAGCCCAGUUUGAUGCUGACGAGCUCCGGGGUGCAAUGAAGGGUCUUGGGACUGAUGAAGAAGCCCUGAUUGAAAUUCUGGCUUCAAGAACCAGCCAGGAGAUUAAAGCAGCAAACAGAGUCUACCGAGAGGAACUUAAGAGAGACCUUGCUAAAGAUAUCACCUCUGAUACAUCUGGGGACUUUCAGAAGGCUUUACUUUCUCUUGCCAAGGGAGACCGGAGCGAAGAUCCUGGGGUGAAUGAUGAACUGGCUGAUAAUGAUGCCAGGGCCUUAUAUGAAGCUGGAGAGAAAAGGAAAGGAACAGAUGUGAAUGUAUUCAAUACCAUUCUUACGACAAGGAGCUAUCCACAUCUCCGCAGGGUGUUUCAGAAGUAUGCCAAGUACAGCCAGCAUGACAUGAAUAAGGUGUUGGAUCUGGAGCUGAAGGGCGAUAUUGAGAACUGCCUGACAGCCAUUGUGAAAUGCGCUACAUGCAAACCAGCUUUCUUUGCUGAGAAGCUGCACUUGGCCAUGAAGGGCGCUGGAACUCGUCACAAGACACUAAUCAGGAUCAUGGUUUCCCGUGCUGAAAUUGACAUGAAUGAGAUCAAGGUCUACUACCAGAAGCUGUAUGGUGUAUCUUUGUGCCAGGCUAUUCUGGAUGAAACAAAGGGGGACUAUGAAACCAUCCUGGUUGCUCUGUGUGGAGGAAACUAAGCUAUAUUAGUUGGCCUUCAUCACCGAAGAUUAUUUUGACAAUUGUCUCAGCUAUUUACAAGAUGCAGCAUUCAACAGGGAAAGGUCUCUGUUCAGCUUGAUUUGGCCCAGACAUAAGCUUUCUGAAUUAAAAUUGGAAAAUGUAUUUUUAUAUCCUUAUUCUGUAUAGUAGUGCUAGGUUUUUAUAUUUAUCCAAAACAAAAACUUGUACCCAGUGUCCUAGUUGCUUUAGUAACGUUAGAUGGUACAAAUUUUGCCUGAGCAAGAUGUUUAUAUAUUAUUGAAAAUAAAAUGAACUUGCAAAAAGA